AUGGAAUACCUGAGAUGGUUGGCACGAAGGAAAGGUUAUGAUCCAAACUAUAAACCUGCUCCAUCCAAAGUCAUGACCACGGGAUUUGUCCGUGUGCAUCUAGAUAUCCGAAUUUCAUCUCCCGAAUUCCUGUCACUGCCUCCCGGCUAUCUUGCUGAUGACAUCGCGCAUGUGUUGUCAAAAUUCAAGAACCCGUUCGGGAAAUUGGUUACAUCCAAGAUCGAGGAUAACUUCCAGGGAACGGAUGACAUGCUCUUUCUGGAGGAUAUUACUUGUUGUCAGUGGCUCAUCACAAAGAUACAAAAGGUAAUGGAUAAACACGGUGAGCCAUCCUAUUAUCAGGUAUCUCUAACCUCGCCAAUACUCAUUACUGACCAUACGCCCAAUACCGUCUCAGAUAUGUGCCGGAACCUCAAGUCGGCCUACCAAUUCUCAGACGACCAAGAAGAGAUGCCGAAUCUCCGGGCGGAGGUAGGUUUUGCCCGGGAUCACCGCGAAGGUCGUUCCACCCCAUUAGACUUCAAGACCGUGAAGAACCUGACGGCAUUUCUGUUCACAUUCGAGAGAAUACUGAACACAAUCCACGCCCCACACGUCAUCAAGAGUAGAGAGGUCCUGCCACUAACAGGAAACUGCGAAGCUUCCUGGUACGCAUCGCAGAAGCAGCUCACAAACAAGGAGUUUCUAGAAGUUAUCCGCCGUUGUCGCUCAAGCGAGGAGCUUCUGGCAGUCACCUCCCACCCAAAUUCUCGAGUACAGCAAGCUUACUCUGUUAGACAGGCCCUCGGAAUCUCCAAUAGCACCUACCCGAUGGUCCAGUUCAACCAACACGAAGCCACACUUGAUGCGGAUCGUAUUAAUAACUGGGUCAUGCUAUGCUUCGCGUUAGUUCGAUCUUCGCUAUACGCCGACAUUGAUGAAAUGUUUGACUUUCUUCAAGGUGAAGAAGAGAUACCGAGUAAUCUAAAUGACCUUAUACAGUUAUGUGGAAUGCCAAAGGCGGCGAAGUUCUACGAGGAUAAGGUAUAUGACCACACAGAUGAAUUCUAUCAAGAAGUUCCUUUUUGGAAUCGUGUGGUUGGUAAGGAGGAUACUUCUGGUUAG